CAAGCAAAAUAAAAUGGGAAUAAAAAAAAGCAUUGGCCUCUCUCUCAAUACUCAAUAGUCUUUAUCAUAAAAAUCUUUUGACCUGAAGGAAAAUAUUUAUGCCAAUAUACAGCUGUCAAAGGUUGUAAACGAACAAACAGAUGAGAUGACGGGUCGAUCGAUCAACAUGUCCAAAUAAACACCUGCUAAUCUGCUAUUACUCCCCCACAGUAAUGCAAAGCGAGCGCAAAUGCAAUUCGCACACCCUGAACUGAACUACGUCGUAUCAAACUAAUUCGCAUUCUCUAAUCUCUGUGUCUGUGUGAAUCUGAGUCCCAAAUGUCCGUCUCCUGCGGGAUGGAGUGCGUGGUGGUGCUGGGGUGCAUGCGCUGGGCGUGGAAGCGGUGCACCUACAUCGGCUCCGACGACAGCGCAGCGUGGCCAUUGGCCACGCCCGACGAGUUCGAGGCGGUCCCACGUGUCUGCCGGAUAAUCCUGGCCGUCUACGAGAGCGAUCUACGGAACCCGGAGUUCGCGCCGUCCGGCGGGUACGGACUCAACCCGGACUGGGUCGUCAAGCGCGUGACGUACGAGCAGACGCUGGGGCAGGCGCCGCCCUACCUCAUCUACUGCGACCGCGACCACCGUCAGAUCGUGCUGGCCAUCCGCGGACUGAAUCUGAUCAAAGAGAGCGACUACAAGCUCUUGCUUGACAACCGUUUGGGCAUGCAGAUGUUCGACGGCGGGUACGUGCACCACGGGCUGUUGAAGUCGGCGGUCUGGCUGCUGGAACAGGAGUCGGAGACGCUGAGCCGCCUCUGGGUGGAGAACGGGUCGUGCUACGAGAUGGUGUUCGCGGGGCACUCGCUCGGGGCCGGAGUCGCCGCGCUGCUGACGGUGGUGGCGGUGAACCACCGGGACCUCCUGGGCGGAAUCCCCAGGGAGAAGAUCCGGUGCUUCGCGGUUGCGCCCGCCAGGUGUAUGUCGCUCAAUCUGGCGGUUAAGUAUGCGGAUGUGAUAUAUUCGAUCGUUUUGCAGGAUGAUUUCUUGCCAAGAACACCCACCCCCUUGGAAGAUAUAUUCAGGUCAAUCUUCUGCUUGCCCUGCUUAUUAUUUAUGGUGUGCUUGAGGGAUACCUUCAUACCAGAAGGUAGAAAGCUUAGAGAUCCGAGGAGACUUUAUGCGCCUGGACGAAUGUAUCAUAUUGUAGAGAGAAAAUUUUGCAGAUGCGGGAGGUUUCCUCCAGAGGUCAGAACGGCCAUUCCUGUUGAUGGGAGAUUUGAACAUAUUGUUUUGUCUUGUAAUGCGACAUCCGAUCAUGGAAUUAUUUGGAUAGAGAGAGAAGCAGAAAAGGCGCUAGAAGAAAGCAGUUCCAAGACUGUAACAACCGCUCCUAAAGUACAAAAACUCACGAGGUUGCAGACUAUUGAAAAAGAACACAAAGAUGCAUUGGAAAGAGCUGUCAGUUUGAAUGUCCCUCAUGCAGUGACCACCCCAGAGGAGGUAUCCUCUCAGGCCCACAGUGCAGAGCCUUCAGAGAGUGGGGGCGAAGAUGCCUCGGAAACUAAGUCGAAGUCCACUAGUGGAAGGACAAACUGGAAUGAAGUGGUUAAAAAGCUUUUCAAGAAGGAUGAGUCUGGAGAACUACAUCUAAAAAGCGAUGCAAAUGCUCCACAAUAACAGCAAUUACUCUUUCUCCGCAUUUUUCUUUUCCUUUGUCGCAAGUUUGAGGUUAGGUGUCCUUUUUUAUUCUUGGGUUUUUUGCCCAUUGUACAUCUCUUUUGUACAAAGAAUUAUCAUGAUUACCUUCCACCUGCCAUUAGGGGAAAUACCAAUAUAGGAAGGAAAAAAAAAAAGGGCAAGAAAAGGGGUACCCUUAUCUAUUGUAAAAGUCCUCAAAUCUUUUUGUGGGCCUCUUGCCUUGAUUGGAUCUAUUGGUUUAAAGGUGUAUAAAGUAUUGGAUUGAUACCUUAUUUUUCCAGAAGCAAUAUUAAACAUCAAGCUUUAUUUCAA